AGUGUAAAGAGUGCCACUUGCGUCGCGAUUAACUUAUCAUUUCUGAUAUAUCUCAAUUUUCGAAGAAAUCUAAUUUUUAUCAUUUAGACAUAAAUUAGGUUAUUUAGAGCAAAACUAGCGCGAGGUUUCAUUUGAAAAAAGUGUUAUUAGCAUAAAAAUUAAAAUAAAGUUCAAGAAUCUUGUUCCCGGAAAUAAAUGCACCUGAUGCGUCAACCUUACACGCUUCUCUGAGAAUUACAGAAAACAGGUUUCCUAAUGGGGACUUGAAAUGAAGUCUCUAAUCUCUGAUUGUGAAUUUAAAACAAUUGCUAUUAGCUAUUGUCACCAAAAGAAGUUACGCAACAUCUUCAUAAUGAAUCUAUCACCCAGAAUGAUUUGUAGCUCUAAAAUUCUUCCAAGAUAACAACGACCUAAGAUGUAUCAGUGGAUAACAGAUAUGUGUGAAAGUUCAAGGUGAAUUCAAGAUUUGGGAAAUGAUUUGUGUGAGGUGACAUUUUCCAAAUGUGCUCGAAUGAUACGAAAAAAUGUUUUGAGAUGGUGGCUUCAGAACAUACGCAACAGCAAUCUCGACAGGAUCAGGAUUACGAGGGAGAGGUUCAGAAUGAAGCUCAUCACUCUAAAAGCCGAAAUAAUUGCUCAUCAAUUUUUCAAGAAAAGGAAAUAUUUCGGGAUCAGGAUGAGAAGGAUGAAGGAGAAAUUGCUGAUCCUAAUAGAAAUCAUAACAGCUAUUGCAUCGAGAUCGAAAGUGAUAGUGAGUCAAUGCAGAGUAGUGAUGAGGAUGAAGAUUUGGCAGAAGAUAAUCUUCGAGAUAGAGGAUGGGUAUCAGAAAUUCCCAGAGUGCCCCAAACUUGUGAAAUAGGACCUUCUAAUGGACUGGUUUUACCUACAGUAGAGCUACCCAGUUUUGGCGACGUUUGUGUUAAAAAUUCGAACAAUGUUACCCUGGAAAAUAGAACUUUCUUUAAGGGUCCUGUGACAAUUAGCACAGUUGUCUACAGUAAUUCCGAAAAUAAAAAAGAUGAUGAUGAUGAGGAGAAAAGAGACUCACUGCAAAGCCAAAGUUAUGGUUCUGAUGUUCCACUUAAUCCAGAUCCCGACAUUAAUAAAGUAAAGCAGUGGUUAAUAACAUGGAGGUGUGCUGCAAUUUUUAGUACGAUAGCUUUAAUGUUCGUAGCAAUGAUCGUUGUCAUGGUAUUGACGUCAGCACGCUAUACGACCAGCCCAACACUACCCAUUUUUCCGGAUAUACCAGACUCAUCAGUUGAUGGAGAUGUGUGGAUACACGGCGUUAAAUUUGUUUCACGAGAAGAGUGGCUUGCUCAGCCUCCAGCUCAGCCUCUGGCAAAAAUGUCCUUGCCUGUGAAAUAUGUGUUCAUCAGUCAUACAGUUUCUGACUUUUGCUACACGCAAUCGGAAUGUACAAAAAAAGUGAGACUGACUCAGACUUACCAUAUUGAAUCCAAUCACUGGUCAGAUAUCGCCUACAGUUUCCUGGUUGGUGGAGAUGGUCUCGUUUAUGUUGGCCGCAGUUGGGACAAUGAGGGAGCCCAUACAUUCAACUGGAACAAUAUAAGUAUUGGCAUUUCCUUCAUUGGUACUUUUAAUGAUUUCAUUCCACCAAAGAAUCAACUUCAUGCUGCUCAGAAACUCAUCGAAUUGGGUGUUAAGGAGGGGAAAAUAACGGAAGAUUACAUUCUAUUGGGUCAUCGACAAGUUGCCAAAACUUUGAGUCCUGGGGAUGCCCUUUAUAAAAUUAUUCAGACAUGGCCUCAUUGGUCACCAUACCCAUAUGGACAAAAUAGCACAAGCAGUACUACUACUAAUGAUUAAUUUGUCUAAAUUAUCAAAUUCAUCGAUAUUUUCGGAACUGGACAACAUUACAUAAUUCUCGUUUGGAAAUUACUAGCUUGAAAAAUAUUUUUUUAUUU